AUGGAUUGCUUCAAAGAAGGCGGGUCUACUACUAGACCCCCCAUGCUUGAUGGAACCAACUAUGCUUGUUGGAAAGCUCGAAUGAGAGCUUUUCUCAAAGCUAUGGAUGAGCAUGUUUGGAGUGCCGUGGUUGAUGGCUGGACUCCACCUACCAUCAAGGAUGUUUUUGUGAGUCAAAUGAAGGCUAUAGAAAAUUGUGAAAUAGCCAAGGAUGCGUGGGAUAAGCUGCAAACUAUAAAUGAAGGAACAAAAAAUGUCAAAAAAUCUAGAUUGAGAUCUCUCACUACUGAAUUUGAAAAUUUAACUAUGAGAGAUGAUGAGUCUAUCACUGAAUUUCAUGCUAGAUUAUGUGAUAUUACUAAUGAAUAUUUUUCUCUAGGUGAAACUUAUUCAGACUCCAAGCUUAACUAUGAACUUACUAUGAAAAUGUGGUCUAAAGAAAAGAAAGAAAAAAGAGUUUCUAGUGGAGUUGCUUUACCUCACAAAGUUGCCGAAAAUCUUUUUGUGGGAGAUUCUCUUGAGAAUUUAGAUGAGGAGAAGGCUGAGUGUGCAAACACUUUGAAGAAAAAGGGGAGAGCUCUGGCAGCAACCUGGAGUGACAGUGAAGAGGAUCAAAAGGCUACAGAAGAGGAUAGUUCAGAUUUGGAAGAAAACUUUGUUGCUUUCAUUGUUAAUACAUCAAAAACACCAUGUUCAGACACUGAUUCAGAUGGAGUGUGUAGCGAUGAGGAUGACUUGGACCAGCAAACUGCCUAUGAACAAAUGUAUAAUCAGUGGGUUAGUGUGAUAAAGAAGGCUAAAAUUCUGGAGAUUAAAGUGGGAGAACUCGAAGAAGAAAGGAGAAACUUGUUAGGAAAAGUUGAUUUUCUCACUUUGGACAUUGAAGAGAAGAGGGUUGCUCUAGAAGAAAUGCAGGAGAAGCUGGACUAUGCUAAUAAAACCAUUGAGACAUACACUGUUGGUCAAGAUUUAUUCGACAACAUGAUGGGAAUUUGUCAGUUUGCUAGAGAGAAACAUGGAGUUGGUUUCAAUCAACCAUUGGCUAUCAAAAAGAAAGAUCUUCCAAGUUCAUCUAAAAAAAUGUCUCCCAUUAGCCCUUCAUUUCUUGCUACUCCUAAAAAUUCUCCAGCCACAGCAAAAUUUAUUCCUAUAUGCCAUUUAUGUGGAAAAAAGGGUCAUAUUCGUCCAAGAUGUUACAAGUUGAAUUUCUACUUGUCUCAUCUUAUAAACAUCUCUAAAGAUAAGGCUCAAGUCUCUCUGGUUGGAAGAAAACAAUGGAGACCGAAGAAUGCUCAUACUAAGGCUCUUGUGGUUCAUACUUCUCUUCUGGCUUGUAACAGUGACCAGUGGUACUUUGACAGCGGGUGUUCUCGCCACAUGACCGGAAACAAGCAUCUUCUCACUAAUCUUUUGUCUUAUGUUGAGGGAUAUGUCACCUUUGGUGAUGGGAGCAAAGGUCGGAUCAUGGGAAGAGGGAAGUUGCAUUUACAUGGUUUACCUCCUUUGGAAAAUGUACUCUAUGUUGAAGGGAUUAGAUCUAAUGACAAUUUUUAUCUCUUGUGCACUAACUUAGUGUGCAAUGUGGCAAAGACGGAUGAAACUGAACUGUGGCACUACAAGUUAGGUCAUCUGAAUUAUAGAGAUCUCGGUAAACUUGUAAAAUUAAAAGCGGUUAGAAGUGUUCCAAACUUGGCUCCAUUGAAAGAGAAAGUGUGUGGUCCUUGUCAACUCAGCAAACAAGUCAAAAGUAGUCAUCCUCCCUUGAAAUUUCUGGUUACUUCCAAAGCCUUAGAGCUGCUUCAUGUUGAUUUGAUGGGUCUUAUGCAAACAGAAAGUCUGAGUGGCAAAAGAUAUGUUAUGAUGUGCGUGGAUGAUUACACUAGAUUCUCUUGGGUUAGAUUUCUUAGAGAAAAAUCUGACUCUUUUGAAAAUUUCAAGGGACUGUACCUCUCUUUGCAAGCUGAAAAGGGUGAGAAGGUUAAGAAAGUGAUUCAUCUUAGAAGUGACCAUGGUAAGGAAUUUGAGAACAACAUCUUUGCUGAUUUUUGCAACCAAGAAGGGAUAGCUCAUGAGUUCUCAGCGCCGAAAACUCCUCAGCAGAAUGGGGUUGUGGAAAGAAAAAAACAAACUCUUCAAGAGAUGGCUCGGGUUAUGUUAAAUGCCAAGAAAUUAUCCAAGAGACUUUGGGUUGAAACAGUGAAUACAACUUGCUACAUUAGCAAUAGAGUGCAUCUUCGUCCUGAUACUAAGCAAACCUCUUAUGAGUUGUGGAAAGGCAGAACACCAAAUUUGGCUUAUCUUCAUGUGUUUGGUUGCAAGUCUUCAUUCUCAAUGAUAGAGAAAAGCUUGGCUGUCAUGGAAUCCAUCAAUGUUGUGUUUAGUGACUUAGAAGACUUUGCUAGUUACUCAGAAGAAGAAGAAAUCCACACUCUUGUUGACACAUCCAUUCUGCCUGUUGCAUCACGAACUGCAAAUGAACCAAGUGGAUCUAAAAUUGAGGAGAUUGAUGCUACCACUAAAACUUCUGAGGCUUUCGAUGUGUCUUCCAUUCCUGAAAAUAUUGCUUCAUCUGAUUUAAAAAUUCAUUAG